GGUAGCAACCUAGUUAUUUGGAGAACUGGGGUCGUGACAGGUGAUUAGCCUUUUAUACCCAGACUCGGUCUUUAAAUCACGUUCAGUUUGUUUAUUACUGGUUGUCAGAGAACGAAAUAUCGAAUCAACUGGCGAAACAUAUCAUUUGUGAAGCUAGGUUCUGAGGGGAAGAGGUUCGCACGUCAUUUGCCACCCUCGCCGUAUUUCAAUCCUGUGUUCCGUUAAUCGCGCAGCCGUUCAAGAUGACGUCCAGAAAAGUCGGGAUCUGCAAAAACGUCCUGGUCGGUGGAGCAAUAUUUGCCAUGUUCGGCUGGCUAGCAUUGCUCAGUGUCAAUCAGAAUCAUAUUCUGAAGAAGGAUAACGUGAAGUUGGCAGAUGUUCUAGGCCUUGGAAGACAGAAGCGAGAGUCAGGCGGUUCCAGUUCAUCGUCCAGUCUUGGUGGCGCCACCUACAUCCGGUGGGGUAGAACAACAUGCCCAGCUGAUGCUGAACUUGUGUACUCUGGCUAUGCCGGGGGUGAACACUCCACUUUCACCGGUGGUGGUGCUGGCUACGUCUGUCUGACUGACAAACCAAAAUAUGCCACUUACACAGCCGCUGGAGAUACUGCUGGGUAUAUUUACGGAGUGGAACUUGAACUGAUUGGAACCACUGGGAGUAUAUUCAACACAGCUAACGCUAAACCAAACGCCUUGCAGGACUCGGACGUAAAGUGCGCAGUUUGUCAAAGUACAAGACCGGCCAAGAUCAUGAUACCUGGCACGAAAGAAUGUGUUCCCGGUUGGACCAUGGAGUACUGGGGAUAUCUGAUGUCUGAGGGCCACGGCAACAAGGGAAGGACAGAGUUCGCAUGCGUGGACAACGCCCCUGAAUCUGGUAGCGAAGGUGGCGCCAAGAGUGAGGGUGGCGCAUCGAUGUACCAUGUUCAAGGUCAAUGCGGUUCACUGCCGUGUAAGCCGUAUGUGAACAAUUAUGAACUAACAUGCGUCGUUUGCACGAAAUAGUAUCACACAGGUUAUGGUGAUGCCGGUGUAGAAGUAGAAAAUGUCCCCCUGGAAGGCGUGUCCGGCACUAUUGUAAUCUGACGGAUGAUGGUAUGGUUAUAUUGAGGCCAAGAGUGUCAAUAGCUUUAGCUUAAAGCGAAUAAUAGAAUCAAUUGAUCCCAGACAAUCCAGGGUAUUUCAAACUUCUGCACUGGUUAGGAAUCAUCUCGAAGAACAUAUAAGAACAAGGAAUCGUUCUUUCUUUUAAACCUUUUUUAGGCCGGGGGGGGGGGGGGUAAUUGCAACGAAUUGCCAUCGGACAUUUUGAAGGUUGGAACCUAUUGUGGGACUUUUGAAUAGGCGGAGCUUAUAAAUUUUUAAUUAAUGACAUACAGUUUUGCAAACUGUCCUUUAUUAUAUGUUCUUCAGUCCUUGUUAUUAUGAUGUACAACACAGAUAUAUACUCCAGUUUCACUGACCUAAGGCAGGUGUAAUAUAUGUGAGUGUUUCCCGUGUAUGAGUGUUUCCCCUCAUUGUUUGGGAACGCUCAAAAAUAGAUUGACAAGUUUUUCUGUGUAUCCCCCCUAUUGAAAAUUCGUGGUCUCUCUAGCUGCCUAUUGUUUGGAAACACUGACACAUGGGGAACAACCACAGAUGUUACACCGGUUCGGAACCAUGGACAUUUUCUUUGUGACCAUUCGAUGCCAUUCAAAAUGUUGAUUCGAACAACACCUAGACAACAGACAAUUUAGACAACACUUGAAGUCGUCCGAUGCUCAUGACGUCAUAUUCCUACUUAACAUUUAUUUCCAUUUGAUUAUUGUAAUUGAUCAACAGGUCUUAUAUCAGUGAAGUUGGAGUUAAAAUGCUUGGAUAGAAAGUAGCUGCAAAAAUCACCUGGUCAAUUACACACUUUAGUGUAUCAUAUUACAUAAGAAUGACUUUUCUUUCAUUGUUGUAAAGAAUCAAAAUACACUGUAUGCAUUAUUGUUAACCAUAUCAACUGUAGUCACUUAGAAAAAUAAAGAAUAACCUCACUACUACGA